AUGGCGCCGCACUUUGACCUGCCGUCCUUUGGUGUCGGCAUCCUUGCGCAGACGGCCCUGCUCCUGGUGGGCAGAGCCAUCCUGUCCAGUCUCAAGACGUCGGCAAGAUUUCGAGCGGACAAUACGCCCCACCCAUCUGGCCUCAAGGUGGUGAUCACAGGCGGCACGCGAGGUCUUGGCCUGGCCCUGGCCCGCCAGUUCCUGGCGCUGGGGGAUGACGUGGUCAUUUGCAGCCGGCAUGCCGAGGCCGUGGAGCGCACGGUCUCGGCCCUGCGGGACGCCUUCCCGGGCGCUGUCGUGGCGGGGGCCGCCUGCGACGUGUCGGUGCCAGAGGAUGUGGACCGCCUGGGGGCCGAGGCGCAGGAGAUCCUGGGUGGCAUAGACAUCUGGGUCGCCAACGCCGCACUGCGCGGCCUGGCGAGGGCAGACCUGGUGCACACCAGCCCCGGGGACAUCCAGGCCAUCGUGGGGGCCAACCUGACUGGCAGCCUCCUCUGCGCACGCACCGCCCUCAAGAUCAUGAGCGAGUCUGGGUGCAAAGGAAAGUUCUUCCUCAUGGCCGGCAGAGGGUCGCGUGGCGACGCCACUCCCAAGAACCCUGUGUACGGCGCGACGAAGCAGGCACUCGUCCAGCUCAGCGCUUCGCUGGCUGCCUCAGUGCAGGGAAGUCCAGUCAGCGUGCACCUGGUGUCCCCCGGCAUGGUGGCCACCGAUCUCCUCUUACCCCUGGCCGACACCGCCAAGUCGGCCCGCCUCAUCAACAUCCUGGCUGAGGAGCCUGAGACUGUUGCCGGCUGGCUGGUCCCACGCCUGAGGGGUGCCACAGGCAACGGAGGAUACCUGCAGUACCUCACGAUUCCAGGUGCAUUGUUUCGGUUUGCCACAGCCGGACGGCGCAGGAAUCGGUUCGUCUCGGAGAGCCAGAGCCGGGUGGGAGCUGGGUUUACCCGGAUUUGA